AUGAACAUCAACACCAUGCAGGUGCGGAAGGAAACAAUCUUGGGCCUCAGUUACUACGAGAUCUUCUCCCUUGACCCCUCUGCAAGCGAUGUGGACUUCAACUCCGUCCAUCGCGCAUACCGUCGCUUUGCCCUCUUGUUUCAUCCUGACAAGGAUCCUUCACCAGCCGCGCGGCUGGCGUUUGAGCGGGUGAAACUUGCCGCAGAGACGCUUACGGAUCCGCUUAAGCGUCGCGAGUACGAUGAGAUGAUGCAAAAGUCGCAUCGCCAUGCAGGCCACAGCCCCUGCCUCUGCGUGGCAGCAACAACAGCGGGAAGAAAUGGAAGAGGAAGCUCGUGUGGCUGA